AUGGGACAUCAACCACGUAAUAGAUUUCUUGUUCCUGGGGUUACACGCUAUUCCCGCAGCGCAGUUUACGCCAAAAAAGCCUUAUACAAACGCAAGAAAACGAUUUUGAAAAAGAUUGAACAAAACCUUCCAACUACCAAAACAGUUCAAAUAAAAGGAGAGAAGAAUGGCGGUCAGCGUGUGAUUCCGCUCGAAAAAGCACCUAGAUUUUACCCUGCAGAGGACGCUCCACGUCCCAAGAAAUCUCGUAAAGUCAACAAACCAGCCAAACUUCGUUCUAACAUUACUCCUGGUACUGUUCUUAUUUUGUUGACCGGCCGCUUCCGUGGAAAGCGCGUUGUCUUUCUAAAACAACUCCAAAGUGGAUUGCUAUUAAUAACUGGUCCAUUCAGAAUCAAUGGCGUUCCGUUGAGGCGUGUCAAUCAAUCUUACGUCAUUGCUACUUCCACAAAGCUUGAUAUUUCUGCUUGUUCGCUCGAUAAACUUGAUGAUGCGUACUUUAAAAGAGAAAAGAAACCAAAGAAGAAAGCUACGGAAGAAGAAAUCUUUGGCGAGCAAAAAGUGCAAAAGAAAUCACCUUCUCAGACGAGAGUUGGCGAUCAAAAAGAAAUAGAUGAGAAAGUUAUUGUCGCAUUGAAGAAUACACCUCAUCUCAAAGAUUAUUUGCAUGCCAGAUUUUCGCUUUCGAAAGGUCAAUUCCCUCACGCUUUAAAAUUCUAA